UAAAUUAAAACCUCACUUUUGCUCGUGGGUCGACACUCAAAUCAUUCUCACCUUGUUUCUCCACUCACUAAUCGUCUCUGAGAAAAAUGGGCGGAGACCCGGACGCAGAACAGGACGCUUCACGUCUCAAAACCAUCUGCGAAACGAAGUUCAAGAACUCAAACCUCAAAUCAGCUCUAAAAUAUGCCAAGAAAGCGCACCGUUUGGCCCCAAACCUGGAGGGCAUCUCUUCAAUGCUCACGGCGUUCAAGAUUCUCCGUGUUGCUUCAAAAUCUUCGACGAAUGCUACUACAGACUGGUAUAAGAUUCUUCAGGUAGAGCCCUUCUCUCAUAUUAACACAAUCAAGAAACAGUAUAAGAAGCUUGCUUUAAUUUUGCAUCCUGAUAAGAACUCACAUUUAGGAUGUGAGGAAGCGUUUAAGUUAGUUGGCGAAGGGUUUAGGGUUUUGUCUGAUAAGAUUAGGAGAAAAGAGUAUGAUAUGAGGCUGAGGAUUAGGAUUCAGGAGGAGAAUGUUAAUGGGUUGGUCGGGAAGGACGCGUUUUGGACGGCGUGUUCGCGGUGUCGGUUGUUGCACCAGUUUGAGAGGAAGUAUUUGGGCCAUAAUUUGGUGUGUCCUAGCUGCAAUAAGAGUUUUGAGGCUGUGGAGGUUGAGGGAGUGGGUGUGGAGAAGGGAGAAGAGAGUGAUGGAGUUAGGGUUUUUAGGAGUGAGAGGCUAAGGAGGAAAAUGGGUAGUGUUGGUUCGGCGGCAAGAGUGGGAAGUGUGGGAGUGAAGAGGAAAAUGAGUGGUGGGGAUGCAAAAGGGAAAGAGAGUGGUGGUGAUUGGAGUGGUGGGAGAUUGAGGAGGAGAAUGAGUACUGUUGGAGAGGUUUUGGCAAGGUCGAAGCCGAAGAGUGUGGAAGAUCGUGAGAUUUUGGAGAGUUUGAAGCCUAAGAGGGCAAAAGUUAGAGAGGAGACUAUGACGUUAGCGCAAAUGCAAUUGGAGGCUAAAAGAAGGGCUAAUCAAGAGAAGUUGAAGUUGAAGAUGAAAGAGAAGGAGAAGGAGAAGGGGAUGGAGAAGAAAAAGGAGAAAGAUGAACGUGAGAAGGAGAGGGAGACAGGGACCAAGGAGGGGGAGACAGAAACAGGGAGACGCAGGGCUUCAAAGAAUCAGGAGUUAGAGAUUGAGAGCCAGCAGGAUUCAGAGAAGAGUGGGGAUUCAGAGCUUCAGAGAGGUGCAUUUGUAAAGAAGAGUGUGGAUUUGGGAACUGAGAAACGAGGGGCUUUGAAGAAGAGUGGGAACUCGGAAAUAGCAAGGAAAACUUUGAAGAACUGUAGCUUGGCAAUUGACAGGCGCAAGAGUUCAAAGAGUGAGGAUUUGGAGAUUAUGGCAGUGGAAGACUCAGAUUUUUAUGAUUUUGAUAAAGACAGAGUGGAGAGGAGUUUUAAGAAAGGGCAAGUAUGGGCUAUUUAUGAUGAUGACGAUGGGAUGCCUAGGCAUUAUGGUUUGAUUGAUGAAGCUAUUUCUGUUUAUCCUUUUGAGGUGAAGAUUAGUUGGUUGGAUCUUCAGAAUAAUGGGGAUGAACAAUUGAUAUGUUGGGAGAGAAUGGGGUUUCAUGUAUCUUGUGGGAGAUUUAAGGUUUCCAGGAAGACUUCCAUUGAUUCUCUCAAUAUAUUUUCACAUGUAAUGGACUGUGAAAGGGUAGCGAGAGAAAUUUACAGGAUUUAUCCAAAGAAAGGUUCAGUUUGGGCACUUUACAAUGAGGCGGCUUUGGGUGUUGAAGGAGGAAACCUUCCAGCUAGAGAUAGGCGAUCCUAUGACAUAGUUGUUUUUUUAACAACUUACAGUGAAAUGCAUGGGUUAAGCAUGGCCUAUCUUGAGAAAGUUGAUGGGUUCAAGACAAUAUUCAAGAGACGAGAAAUUGGGUGUCAUGCGAUUAGGUGGCUUGAAAAGGAUGACGUUCGUUUGUUUUCACAUCAGAUUCCUGCAAGGAAGCUUACUGGUGAUGAGGUUUCUGACCUUCUGAAAGACUGCUGGGAGCUCGAUCCUGCUUCACUGCCUUCAGAUUUGCUAGCAAUUGGUUGGGGAAGAUGAUUUCUGGUUGGGAAGCCCGAUGUACUCCAUGUAUAGUUGUUCUUCACUGCUUUAGGAGUUCAAGGUGAUUAUAUUUCACAAUUAAGUGAAGUACCUUUGUGACGUAAUUAUGCAUUCUGAUCUUUAAUUCCUGUAGCACAUUACUUACUGCAUGUUCUAUGAAUAUGCUACAAUUUAAUUAGCUUCUGCUAAUAUGGCUAGACACUUUUAUAUAUUGGAUGAGAAGUACCUUGAAUAGGUAUAGAAUCAUGAAGUUAAAAGAUGUACUACUGAUAGUUUUUUAUGCUUUUGGGUCGAGUAGCUCGUAAAGAUGGUGUUUGUGGUGGAUGAGUUUGUCUGUUUUCUGCAACUGCAGGACAAUUAAGGGUUUCACUGACUCUACAUAUAUACAUAUAUAAGCACAAAUCUACAUAGACUUACUGAUAAUAGAAGAGUUCUAAGCUUUAUGUCUGAGCUUUAUGCCUGUGCCUGAUAAAUUCUUACCUAUGUUUGUACAAAGCUUGGAUAUAUGCAUUUGGUGUUAACAAGUCCCCUUGAAUCUGGGUUCUUAAUUGUUAAUUGGAUUUUUGUGAUCCGAGUUCCUAAAUCAGUAAUUGUAGACUUUUAACAAUGUUUACUUAU